AUGUUGCUGAAGCAGGUCCUCGUGACCGCCCUCCUCUCUUUGCGCUCUGUCACGGCUUUACCUAGCCCGAACAACCUCCACGACCUGGAGGCGAGGGAUGCCGAUGACCUCGUUGCUCGUACCAACAGCCACGACUGCGGCUCUUUCGCUACCUGGAACAACGGGAAGAAUUGCUGCGUCUGCAAGGACAAUGGCAAGAACUACGACUCCAAGACCAAGUCGUGCAACUGUCCCAGCGGCCUGAUCUGGGAUGGCCACAACUGCGUGCACGACUGCGGCAAGGAGGCCACUUUCCAGUACGGCAAGUGUGUCUGCAAGAACAACGGCGAAAUCUACAACCCCAAGACCAAGACCUGCAGCUGCCCGCCAGGUCAAUUCUGGAACGGUCACAGCUGUGUUGUGGACUGCGGAAAGGACGCUUCGUACGACUCCAAGCAGAAGAAGUGCAUCUGCAAGAAGAAGGGCGAGGUCUUUGACUCCGUCCACAAGACCUGCGCAUGCCCCUAUGGUCAAGUGUUCAACGGCAAGCAAUGCGUCUUCGACUGCGGCAAGGACGCCCAUUUCGACUACAACCAGAAGAAGUGCAUCUGCAACAAGAAGAGCGAGGUUUUCAAUGACAAGACCAAGACUUGCGCUUGCCCGUACGGCCAGGUGUUCAACGGCAAGGAAUGUGUUGUUGAUUGCGGAAAGGAAGCCCACUUCGAUGCCAAGCAGAAGAAAUGCGUGUGCAACAAGAAUGGAGAAAUCUUCAAUUCCCAGAAGAAGACCUGUGCGUGCCCCCCUGGCCAAGUCUUCAACGGCAAGCAAUGCGUCGUGGACUGUGGCAAGGAAGCCCAUUUCGACUACAACCAGAAGAAGUGCGUGUGCAACAACAAGGGCGAGGUCUUUGAUUCAAACAAGAAGACGUGCAGCUGCCCCGGCGGACAGUUCUGGAACGGCAAGCAAUGCGUCUGCCCGUUUGGCCAGGUCUUUAACGGCAAGCAAUGCGUGGUAGACUGUGGCAAGGAAGCCCACUUCGACGCCAAGCAGAAGAAGUGCGUGUGCAACAAGAAUGGAGAAAUCUUCAACUCCCAGAAGAAGACUUGCAGCUGCCCUGACGGUCAGUAUUUCAACGGAAAGCAAUGCGUCUGCCCGUACGGCCAAGUGUUCAAUGGCAAGCAGUGCGUUGUAGACUGUGGCAAGGAGGCGCACUUUGAUGCCAGCCAGAAGAAGUGUGUUUGCAACAAGGGAGAAAUCUUCAACGACAAGUCCAAGACCUGCAGCUGUCCCUACGGCCAGGUCUUCAAUGGCAAGCAAUGCGUUGUUGAUUGCGGCAAGGACGCCCACUUCGACUUCAACCAGAAGAAGUGCGUUUGCAAUAAGAACGGCGAGGUUUUCAAUGACAAGACCAAGACCUGUGCCUGUCCUGAUGGCCAGUACUUCAACGGCAAGCAGUGCGCCUGCCCCUACGGCCAGAUCUUCAACGGAAAGCAGUGCGUCGAGGACUGCGGCAAAGACGCUCACUUUGACAGCCAGCAGAAGAAGUGCGUCUGCAACAACAUGGGCGAGAUCUUUGACGACAAGAGCAAGACCUGCGCGUGCCCCAAGGGCCAAUACUGGGACGGCAAGGAGUGCGCGUGCCCCUACGGCAAGACGUGGGACGGCAAGGAGUGCGUAGAGGACUGCGGCAAGGACGCCACCUUUGACAGCAAGCAGAACAAGUGCGUGUGCAAGAACAAGGGCGAGGUCUUUGACGACAAGACCAAGACGUGCAAGUGCCCCGGCAACCAGUACUGGGACGGCAAUAAGUGCGCGUGCCCGUAUGGGUCGACUUGGGACAGCGGCAAGCAGACGUGCAAGCAGAACUCUCCUAAAUAA